AUGCCACCCACCAAACGCGGCAAGCACACGGAUGAUUUGAUCAACAAGCGCUUGCUCAACGAGCAUCUCGCCUCCCGCGGCCUGCCAGAGGCCACAUACGACAUCUACGACUACACGUGCCGCCGGGCACCAGACAGGAGUCUCCACGAGGCGGUCGUACGGGUGACCGACGAGUCGGGGGCCAAGCGCCAGAUCACGAGCUCAAUCCAGCGGAGUGGCGGAGAGGCUGUCGAGCAGGCGUCGUUCGCGGCCCUCUGUCACCUCGGCGCGGCCGACACCUUGGUCGACAUGAUCACCGCCGGCGGCGACGCGUCCUCGUCGUUCGGUGGGCCUGCUCUCAUCCCCGCCGCCAGAUUGCCACCACCCCCUCCCCGUGCCCCCGUUCAGAAGACGACGUUCGUGUCCGACGGCACGCCGCUCGCGAUCCACCUGCCGGGCCGCAGCAACGAGCUGUUCAGGACAGUCUUAGUGGAACACGGUGCCCGCUUGGUCGAGCUCGCCGACGCACACGUCGUCCUGCUGUCCGUCGAGCCUGGCGCCUGCGCCGUGUCCGUGCACGACCGCGACGUCUACCGGGAGGCGUCCUCGCGCCGGGCCGUUGUCCUUUCCGACAAGUGGGCCCUCCUGUCCGCCGCGAUGGGCAAGAGGCUCGGUAUGAACGAGUACAUGAUUCUCUACUAA